UGCAUUUUGAAGAGUGUUGGAGUGAUCCUAGUGAUCUCCAUUGCAGUGACAUUUAUAUGUCAGUCAACCCUGCCUCCACCACCACGAAUAUGUGGGCAACCUGGUGGACCACCCGUAACACCACCAAGGGUGAAGCUGAGGGAUGGUAGACAUUUGGCCUACAAAGAGUUUGGUGUACCAAAGGAGAAUGCCAAGUUUAAGAUUGUAUAUGUUCAUGGUUUUGCCAAUUCUAGACAUGAUGUCAUUAUUAUUAAGGAUGUAUCACUGGAAGUCGUCCAAGAGUUGGGAUUGUAUAUAGUGUCAUUUGAUAGGGCAGGCUAUGGAGAGAGUGAUCCUGAUCCGAAGAGAACAAUUAAAAGCAUGGCUUUGGAUAUUGAAGAGCUCGCUGACCAGUUAAAGCUCGGGGAUAAAAUUUAUUUGGUUGGAUUUUCCAUGGGCGGCCAAUCAGUCUGGGGUUCCCUCGAGUUCAUUCCCCACAGGCUUGCAGGAGCAGCACUGUUAGCACCAGUUGUAAAUUACUGGUGGAGUGGAUUCCCUGAGAGCUUAUCUCAUGAAGCCUUUCGACAGCAGCUGCCACAGGACCAAUGGACUGUAAGGGUUGUUCACUACUUUCCUUGGCUUACUUACUGGUGGAACACACAAAAGCUCUUUCCUGCUUCUAGUGUUGCUGCUGGGAAAAUUGUAUUCAGUCGACAGGAUUAUGAAAUCUUUUCAAAGAUCACAUUCUCUGACGGUACUAAUCACAAGGAACAAACGAAACAACAAGGAGAAUUCGAGUCACUUCAUCGAGACAUGAUGAUUGGAUUUGGAAACUGGGAAUUUAGUCCAAUGAACCUCACGAACCCCUUUGAAAGCAAGCGAGGAUUGGUGCAUCUAUGGCAGGGUGACGAGGAUACCCUUGUACCGGUCACAUUGCAAAGAUAUAUUGCCCAAAGACUUCCAUGGAUCAAGUACCAUGAGUUGGCAGGGGCAGGGCAUGUGUUUCCCUUAGCAGAAGGGAAGGCUGAAGCUAUUCUUAGAGCAUUGCUGUUGGGUGAUUAGUAGAUUGAUCACUCUUUUGACACCAAGAUUGGUUUUGUGCAUUCUGGAAAUUGAGCAAUCCAGUUAACAUCGUUAUGAAGAAAAUAUAGUUAGUAAGAUUAUGGGCAUUAGUAUGUCUAGAACAUCAUUGAAUAUUUGAAAUUAUGUAAUUGGAAACUACUGUCCUGUAUUAAAAUAUCAUUCAAAAGGCAUUGCAUAGGUACUGAUGUGUUUCUUACAUUACUGAGGUAUUGCAUAGAAUUAGAUAGACGGUAUUUUAGCAGUCAUACGCCUCUUAUUUCAAAUCUGUUGCUGACUAGUGACUAGCAUCUAAUUGGCAUGCUAACCAUGUUAAUGACGAAUUUUUCUAUGACUCUUAUGGCGGUCUCCCCUAUCCCUGCAUAGAAUUUAUAUUUAUUCGUUUUAAUUAGAUUGUUUCCAAGCACCAUCAAUAUUAGCCGCCAGGCAGGAAUAUCUUUGCUAUCCUGUCUGAGGCAACCUGAUUGCGGUUACUUGUAGGUGGAAUGCUCCUGUGUUGGGAACACGUUAAGCUAUAAUUCACCAAUUCCUGGCUGAUACAAACCCACACUUGCACCUAAGAGACGAAAUUGCUAGUCUCAGGGUCUUCGCCUUGAGAAAUCACAUUGUUUUUAUGUUUCCAAAUCACCUACAAUCCUGCAAAUAACACAAUAGUAAGUUGACAGUCUUGUCAUCCUUUGAGAGAAGGUUGAUCUAAGAUUUGUUCCAAUGAUCAAUUUGAAUGGGAUAUUUUGGCCGAGAAUUAAUCCACAACGACAAUGCCAGCCACACUUUUAAAGGCCAUUCAAAGUUCCUGAACAGAUGUUUUGAAGACUAGAGGGCUUGGCCACAGAGAACACACACAAGGCCAAAAAUUAGUUUUCGACUGCUCUAAACAAAGCUUCCAAGGAAAGUUUUUCAAAUCCCAUUAGAUUUGAAUUAGUUAUACAUGGAAAGGUAUUCUCAAGUAUUGUUGUGCAUGCUGAUUUACCAGUGUAGUAAUCCCAAAAGAUGCAGUUCUAGAAGAUUUGCUCAUCCUUUUGGUUGCUCCUUCUUAUACAGGCUCCAGAAUAUCUAUAGUGUCACACCUUUUGAAAAUUUUCCAAAUGAUUUGAGUUUUCAUGAGGUAGUAUGACUAUUAAUGAGACUCGCGAGUCCAGCGAGUGUCUUUCCUUCAUGGUGACCGAAAACUUAAGCUCAAAUGUUCAACUGAUAAGGGAGGAAGCUUGAAGCUCCUCUAAUAGCGGAAAAAUGGAUUUAGUGAGAGAAAUUAGAGAGAGAAUUUGAGGAAGAAGCGAGUUUGUUAUAAAUUGCAUAACUAACUCACAAUUAUUACAUGACUCUUAUAGUGGAUUACACGUCAUCAUUCCACUAACCAACCAAAACUCAGCUAAUAAUAGCUAAAAUUAACUAAAAAUUCCCGCCAAAACAAUUAACAAAACAAUUAGCUAAAGUUUCCACAUCAUAGCUUUCCCCCUUUAAAAGACUUGUCCUCAAGUCUAAGCAAUUACAAAGUCAGGAAACAUCUUCUCAUAAUGUUCAGCAGGCUCCCAAGUAGCCUUAAAAGCAGGAAAACCUUCCCAUUGAACCAAAUAGUGUACCUGAGCUUGAUUCUGAAACUUCACCAUUUUCCUGUCCAAACUUGCAGCACGCUGAAAUCUAUCAGUCCCAAUUUCAAACCCUUGAAACACAGGAGGGAUAUAAGAGACCAAAGGCAGUUUUCCUCGAAAAAUCUUGAGUUGAGAUACAUGAAACACAUCAUGUAUCUUGGUUGCUGCUGGCAAGUUUAGCUUGUAAGCCAUUUUACCAAUCACAACAGCUACCUGAAAUGGCCCAUAGAACUGAUAAGACAGCUUCUGAUUACUCCUAUGUAUUGAAUGCUACCUAUAGGAUUGGAAUUUUAACCAAACCCAAUCACCUACUUCAAAUGACCUUUCAGACCUAUGCUUGUCAGCCUGACUCUUCAUCCUGCUUUGAGCUCUCUCCAAAUGGAACUUCAAAUCUGCAAUCAUCCUUUCCCUUCUUUGCAAGCUCCUAUCCAGCUCAUCAUUCUUAACCUCACCAGCCAAAUAUGGCAAGAGUAAAGGUGGGGUUGGUUGUAAACAACCUCAUAGGGAGUCAAUUGUAUAGCAGUGUGAAAAUGGGUAUUGUACCACCACUCUGUUAGAGACAACUAUUUAUGACAUUCCUGGGGUUGAUCUCCUGUCAUGCACCAGAGGUAUGCUUCCAAGCACCUAUUUACCACCUCUGUCUGACCAUCAGUCUGAGGAUGAUAGGCAGUAGACAAAAGUAGCUCAAUCCCAUGUAGAGUGAAUAACCCCUUCCAGAAUUGACUCAAGAACACAGAGUCCCUAUCACUGACUAUGGACCUUGGCCACCCAUGUAACUUAAAGAAAUUAUCCAAGUCACAUUGAGCUACUUGCAAUGUUGUAAAAGGGUGAGAUAAUGCCAUGAAAUGAGCAUAUUUG